UAGACCGGACAGUCAGGCAGUGCUGUUUGCUUUGAACUAUUUACCCUACAUUUCCCAUCAAGCCGAUAGGGAGGGCCCGUUUUUUUCCCCUUUUUUUCGACUUUCGGAUUACAUCUGGAUCUGCUGGAAGAGGGCGCGACUGCGCAGCAGCAGCCACUGUUACUCUCAAGGCGAAAGUACGCUCUUUUUUGAAUCCUUAUUCAUUCCAAAAGCGUUUGUAAAUAUUUUAGAGUUUGUGAUCAGAAUUGCAGACAAAAAAAAAACUUGCUCGGCACUGUUAGAAAUUGCUCGUCGUUAUUCCAAAUAUUUUUGAAAAACACCCCAUUAGAACACGUUUCCCCUUUCUCUUGGGGGACACUUGAGGCUGACACGGUUGGAGUUGAGCAUCAGACUAAAGCUUGAACAGCGCACCAACGCCUCUCUGGACUUCACACAGUUCGGCGUCUUUCCACACGACCCAUGAGCCGCUGAAAAAAAGCCCAAAACGACGAUAUCGGGUAAAGUUUGGAAGUCACAAUGGGCUGUACCAUCAGCGCCGAAGACAAAGCUGCGAUGGAGAGGAGCAAGAUGAUCGAUAAAAACCUGCGAGAUGACAGGGAGAAGUUGUUGAGAGAAGUGAAGUUUCUUUUGCUCGGUGCUGGUGAAUCAGGGAAAAGCACACUAGUCAAGCAGAUGAAGAUCAUUCACGAAGAUGGCUACUCAGAGGAGGAAUGCAGUCAGUACAAAGUUGUGGUGUACAGCAACACGAUCCAGUCCAUCAUGGCCAUCAUCCGGGCAAUGGGGCGCUUAAAGAUAGACUUUGGCGAUGAGUCCCGGGCGGACGAUGCCCGACAGCUGUUUGCGCUCGCCAGCUCGGCGGAGGAGGGAGUCAUGUCGGCGGAGCUCAGCGGCGUGAUCCGGCGGCUGUGGGGCGACAGCGGCGUUCGCGCCUGCUUCGACCGAUCGCGAGAGUAUCAGCUUAACGACUCCGCUGCAUACUACCUGAACGAUUUUGAUAGGCUCUGUCAGCCUAACUACAUCCCAACCCAGCAGGAUGUGCUGCGGACGCGCGUUAAGACCACAGGGAUCGUGGAAACUCACUUCACCUUUAAAGAUCUCUACUUUAAGAUGUUUGAUGUGGGAGGUCAGCGCUCGGAGAGGAAGAAGUGGAUUCAUUGCUUUGAGGAAGUCACAGCCAUCAUUUUUUGUGUUGCUCUCAAUGACUACGAUCUGGUCUUGGCUGAGGAUGAGGAGAUGAACCGCAUGCACGAAAGCAUGAAGCUGUUUGACUCUAUCUGCAACAACAAAUGGUUCACAGACACCUCCAUCAUCCUCUUCCUCAACAAGAAGGACCUGUUUGAACAGAAGAUCAGCAAGAGUCCACUCACAAUCUGCUACCCGGAGUACACAGGUGUCACAAGGGGGACUCUGGUCAACUUGGCUGCUAUGCGUUAUCUUCAAGAGUCUCGGCUGAGUCUCUGCUUGAAUGAAGAGAUUGGUAAGAGCGGCCAGCGACGCAAUCCCUGUGAGUUUUUGUGGGUCUUUGCAUCCAGCGCAGGUAAUGCCAGCUACAAUGCAACAGUAUGUCACUUUUUCACACUUAAACAGCUGAUGUGUUAAUUAUUUGGAUCAUAGAGCUGUUAUUUUGAAACUGGCUCACAGUAUUGCUUUGGAAUAUAUGAAUGCCAUAUGUUAUGUAGAGGACAUCUUUUUUCGCAUAGGUUCUGGGUUUACUUAGCAUUCAGUCUAACAUAUCCCACAGCGGCACAAUCGUUUUACUAUACUGAAUUACAUCACUGCACUUGCGUGCAUAAAGGGAGAUUAUGCAGUUUCUUGGCUAAUGAUUUUCACUUAGGAUGUUCGGCACUGAAGCCAUUUUCCCCCAAAAUGAUGUAAAAAGUGCAUUUUUGUUUCAUAGCUACCACCUCAAACUAAGGCAGCCUUUAUUAUUUCCCCCAUGUCCUGUUCAAAGAAGUCCUAUCAGUUAUUUUUCCCAUUUAGAAUUUGCAUAUCUUUUCUCUGCAUUUAUAUUGGCUCAUUUUAACAGCAUUAAUCGAGAGGGAAAAAAAGCUGCCCUCCCUUUGUUUUGUUUUAAAUGAAAACCUCCCACCAAACGGCCGAUGUCUACCUUGAAGACUUACUACGGUUACUUUCAAACAAAGCACUGAACGUUGCAAUGUAAAUGGGAAAUGGUAUUUAUAGGGACGCGUUUGAAGCAUAUUGACCCAAUGCCCGUGAAGUCCAAACGGCGUAAACGUCAACAACUGUAAAAACAGCAGCGAAUGGAAACUAAUACAUGUAAAUAGUGCUAAGACAACACAUAUGCACGUGAAUAAACAAUCAGGAAUGUGCUGACUGCAACAAAUAUCUUGAACUACUGUGUUGGGAACAAAUGAUACUUAAGAAAUCUUAUCCAUACCAGACGUUAGCCUAUCUAUAGUGCAUCUGACCGCAUUUACACCUUUGUUGCGAAUGUGCUUCGCUCAGCGGAUAGAAACGCUCCGCUUUCACCUUUUUUAAAUGACAGGGGCGGGUUGUUUCACUUUGCUUCAUUUGUUCCACUGAACAAAGAUAAUACAUGAAUGUUGAAUUGAAUAAAUAUGUUUCCUUUGAUGGCGUCUGUAGUCCACCGUAUUUUGUGGCUAUACGGUGGAAGGCUGAAUGUUGGCUAUAUAGUAUAAAGAUCUCAUUGUUUACAUACGUACGUACGUACGUACAUGUACAGCCCAAAUCGCUCCAAGAGUGUCAAUAAUGCUAAUUCCAGUGCAAUGUAGCCAAUGAAUGCUGACAGUAAAAACACAGUUCACAGAGAUGCGUGAUGCAGCUUUAAUUCAUGCCUCUACAUUUUAUAAGAAAGGACAAACUUUAAAUGUUCAUUCCCUUUUUAGUAAUAAAGCAACACCCUUCUA